GACCACACAGUGGGAGAAAGAGAGAGAGUCUAACUGGCUCCUCCAUUCCUCCCUUAGAUUUUAUGGCCUCUCCUCCAUCUAAUUGGAUGAAAUAGGAAGUCACUGGCAGUCCUGCGUUGCUCGGUGUGCUGAUUUAACUCGGACCAGCCCUGCAGAGGGGGUGGGGGUGGGGAGAGAGGAAGGGAAGCAGAGGGAAUCUGUAUGUCAGAAGAACAGAGUGGAGGAAAGAAGAAAGGGAAGAACUAAAGGGAAGGAACACUGGGGAGGGACAAAGAAGAGGGAGGUGGUAAGGACUGAGGACAGAGUUGCCAUUAUCUCCUUUUCGAAUCUCUCUGUAAUGAUAUUGCUUGCAGUGAUGCCCAGGGAGCAGGCACCUGCUGCUCUGUAAUGAUUCAGCCUCUUUCUGCCGGCUCUUUCGCACAACAGGAUGCUGUUGCUACUGUCAUUGCUGCUGCUGCUGCCGCCGCCGCUGCUACUGCCGUUCUUACUGAUUCUCCUUUUGCUCCUGCUGCAUGACGGCUGUGUUUUCCUCCAUCUAAGCAGCCACCCGCCUCAGAUACUCAAGGUGAGAAGCCAGCCUCUUGCUCUGGGCUCUUCGUUCACUUAAACAAUUUUCCUCAGGAUUUCAGAUUCUUCUUCUUUUCCCUUAAUCUUCUUAUUUUUCGCUCCGUGAAGAACUGAGAUGGCUUGAGAGGAAUUAUAAACAACAAAUUUUUAAAAGUGAGCAAGGAGGGAGGAGCAGGAGCUGAAUCAUUAUGAGAGGCUUUUCUCCUUUCUGAAUAUUUGGAAGGAUUCCCCCCCCCCUUUAUUUGGAUCCUGUUCUGACACUUGAACUCUUGAUACCUAUGCUGUGAUCCGGUAAGAUUUCUCUGGAUCUUUUCCCCCAUCUUUUGGCUUGCUUGCUAGUGAUAAUGGAAAGGUUUUUUGAGGCCUUCUAGAAGAGAGCUCAACUGAAGAAAUACAUGCUUAAAUAUGUCUGAAGCUACUCUGGAGAGUUUUCCCAACCCCUCGAACCAGCUGAGUCCCACUCCAUCACUCGAGGGGCUUCCUGCUGAAGAGGACAUACCAGAGAAUCAAGGGGCAGACACAAGGGUGCAGGGAAUAGCAGGCCUUGCUGCUACUUGCUGUGUGUGUCUGGAGGCAGAGCGGCUGACAGGCUGCCUCAACUCUGAAAAGAUCUGCAUUGUCCCGAUCUUGGCUUGCCUGAUCAGCCUCUGCCUCUGCAUUGCUGGCCUCAAGUGGGUGUUUGUGGACAAGAUUUUUGAAUACGAUUCUCCAACACAUCUUGACCCAGAUAGGAUUGGGCAAGAUCCAGUGACUGCCGUGGAUCCUACUGCACUCUCUGCUUGGGUGCCAUCUGUAGUGCAUACUUCUUACUUUCCAGUACCCACCAAUGUAGCUAACUUUGAAGUCACAGGGCAGCCUUCUGGUUCACCAGUUCCCCCUGAGGUUGCUUCUAAGCCGUCUCCAUCUAGAGGUGACCAGUUAGAGGAUCAGUUUUUACUCUCUUCAGUGCCCUCCUUACCCCCACCUAGUAUAGAACCUGAAGUGAAAGGGUCCACGACAACAUCUCUGCCACAAGAAUUUGAAACUAAUAUCCAAACAGCUCCACCAAAACUAGCCACAUCUACAUCUACCACUGGGACAAGUCAUCUCACAAAGUGUGGUGUGAAUAAGAAAGACUUCUGUGUAAAUGGAGGCGAGUGCUUCAUGGUCAAAGAUCUCCCAAAUCCACGAUAUUUGUGCAGGUGCCCAAAUGAAUUUACUGGUGAUCGCUGUCAAAACUACGUAAUGGCAAGCUUCUACAAGCAUCUUGGGAUUGAAUUUAUGGACUCCAGGUGCUUGGCUGCUCAAUCAGUGCUUUCAGAAGCUGAGGAACUCUACCAGAAAAGGGUGUUGACCAUAACUGGCAUCUGCAUUGCUCUCCUAGUAGUUGGAAUCAUGUGUGUUGUGGCCUACUGCAAAACCAAGAAACAGCGGAAAAAGCUGCACGACCGCCUCCGGCAAGGCCUUCGAUCUGAGCGCAACCAUAGAGUCAAUAUGGCCAAUGGGCCUCACCACCCUCACCCGCCGCCAGAAAAUGUCCAGCUGGUGAAUCAAUAUGUAUCAAAAAAUGUAAUAUCCAGUGAGCAUGCUGUGGAGAGAGAAACAGAGACAUCAUUUUCUACAAGCCACUAUACCUCAACGACUCACCAUUCCACAACGGUCACCCAGACACCUAGUCACAGUUGGAGCAACGGUCGGACGGAAAGCAUCAUCUCCGAAAGCCAUUCUGUGCUUGUGAGCUCCUCAGUUGAGAACAGCCGGCAUGCAAGUCCGUCAGGCCCCCGAGGGCGUCUCAAUGGCAUUGGAGGGCCACGGGAAUGUAAUAGUUUUCUCAGGCAUGCACGAGAGACACCCGACUCCUACCGCGAUUCACCACACAGUGAGAGGUACGUAUCUGCUAUGACAACACCAGCUCGCAUGUCACCCGUAGAUUUCCAUACUCCAAGUUCUCCAAAGUCGCCUGCCUCAGAAAUGUCUCCGCAAGUCUCCAGUUUAACAAUGUCUGUCCCUUCUGUGGCAGUCAGCCCGUUUAUAGAAGAGGAGAGGCCUCUCCUUCUGGUGACCCCACCCCGGUUACGGGAAAAAUACGAGCAUCACAUGCAACAGUUCAACUCCUCUUACCACCACAACCCUGCGCAUGAAAGCGGCAGCCUGCCACCAAGUCCGCUGAGGAUAGUGGAGGACGAGGAAUACGAAACCACACAAGAGUAUGAACCGACGCAAGAGCCCCCCAAAAAACUAGUCAACAGUCGGAGGGCCAAAAGAACAAAGCCCAAUGGCCAUAUUUCCAAUAGGUUGGAAAUGAACACCGACACAAGCUGUGAGAACAGUAGCUCAGAGAGUGAAACAGAAGAUGAGAGGAUAGGGGAAGAUACACCUUUUCUGAGCAUACAAAACCCCAUAACAGUCGACCUGGAAUCAGCUACUGCAUAUCGACUGGCUGACACCAGGACUACCCAAAACAGUCGGUUCUCAACACAGGAAGAAUUGCAAGCAAGAUUGUCCAGUGUAAUAGCUAACCAAGAUCCCAUCGCUGUAUAAAAGAGAGAGAGAGAGAGAGAGAGAAACACUAAAAAAAACAAAAAACCAACCCACA